AUGAGUGUUAUCAUGUCCACUGCGAAAAGAGAUGACUCUCCCCAAUUUCCUGAACAAAUUGCUCUCGUCUAUGCCGAUGCGCUGCCGCCGCAACUAUGGCUGGAACAACUGAAAGUCCUGCUCGCGAAACUGACCUCAACUAAUGUGGCCGUUGAGAGGCUUGAUCGGCUUAACCCCUCAGGAAAAGUAUGCAUCUUUCUGUCCGAAAUGGAGCAUGCUUUUCUAAGCAAGAUGGACGAGACCAGAUUCGAGAAAAUCAAGGCACUUCUGACCAGAAGCCAAGGUGUCUUCUGGAUCACCCGUGGAGCUGCAUUAGAAUCAUCGACAACUAGCGCCAUUUUGGAUUUGUUCAGACUUACCUUCGAUCUCUCGAUCGGCAACUCUGUUGUCGACUGUGAAUAUGCGCUGCGAGACUCAGGGAUCCUGAUUCCACGUAUGUACAGUGAUGUUGCUGAAACUCAUUCCAUUCCUGCAGCGGAACUCAUGGAUACAAGAAUUGAGCUGUUCUAUCAGUCUAAUACAGAGCUUCGCUUGGAUGUCGCUGUCCCUGGACUCUUAGACAGUCUUGCCUUUAUUCACGCUGGCCCAAUUCAUGAAACCCUGCCAGACGAUUUCGUUGAGAUACGGCCGGAGGCGUUUGGUCUCAACUUCAGAUAUCUCAUGGUGUCUAUGGGACAGCUGAAGGGGAAGGUUAUGGGCUUCGAAUACAGCGGUAGAAUCACUAGACUUGGGCCCAACCCCAGUCAUGGCCUCAAGAUCAAUGAUCGCAUUUGUGCUUUAACACACAAUGGCCACUAUUCCAACACUGUUCGCGUUCAUUCGGAUGGCGUGGCCAGGAUUCCUGACGACAUGACUUUUGACGUUGCGGCAACAAUUCCUAUGAUAUUCAUCAUAGCUUAUCAUGCACUCGUAGACACAGCUCGGCUAGAGAGUGGCGAGACUGUGUUGAUCCAUGCUGCUGCUGGAGGUGUAGGACAAGCGGCCAUCAUGAUUGCGAAAUGCAUUGGCGCGAAGAUCUUUGUCACCGUUGAAUCGAACGAGAAGCGUGAUUUCCUCACCAAGGCAUACGGAAUCCCUCCCAACAACAUGUUCUCAAGCAGAGACAACUCUUUUGCCGCGGCCAUCAUGGCAGCUACAGAUUUCAAAGGGGUUGAUGUGUUGCUCAAUUCUCUUUCUGGGGAACUGCUUCAGGAGGGCUGGAACACCAUGGCCUAUCAUGGACGUUUGGUCGAGAUUGGGAAACGCGAUAUUCAGCUCAACAAGAACCUCGAAAUGCUGCCGUCCCACCGAGCAAUUUCUUUCUCUGCCAUUGAUUUGAUCCACCUCGGGAACUACAAAAACCGGGUGGUUUCGAGGGUACUCGCAAGUGUACUUGAAUUGUUUAGCAACCAGGACGUUCAACCAGUUCAACCUAUUUCGGUACUCCCAAUCUCCGAGAUUCAGCGAGGUUUCCGAAUCUUGCAGGCAGGCAAGCAGUUCGGGAAGAUUGUGAUCAAGCCCCAACCAGGCGAUCUUAUCCAGGUCCUACCCACACGAAAAGUCUGA